UCUCAGUGUUGUGGUACGUUGUGCUCUCAGUGUUGUGACUGUGAAAGAGGCUGUACUCAGAGUGAUGGAAGAAGACUCAGGCAGUGUGAGGCAGGUGACCUUGAAGGCUACUGACCCAGAGAGCCUGAGACUUACCGAAGAUGAAUCUCGUUCCUCCAACUGGAAACGAUGGGGACCUUACCUGAGUGAGCGUCAGUGGGGCACCGUCAGGGAAGAUUACUCUCACGACGGUGAUAGUUGGUCGUAUCUGCCUCACGACGCAGCCAGGUCACGGGCGUACAGAUGGGGAGAAGAUGGGUUAGCUGGCUUGUGUGACCGUCAGGCUAGACUCUGCCUCAGUCUGGCUCUCUGGAACACCCGCGACCCCAUCCUCAAGGAACGACUCUUCGGUCUCACUGGUCCUCAAGGUAACCACGGGGAGGACGUCAAGGAACUCUACUACUACCUCGACUCUACACCCACACACUCCUACAUGAGCUACCUCUACAAGUACCCCCAGCAGCCUUACCCGUACCAUGAUCUUGAAGAAAAGAACAGCCAGAGGACAAACCAGGACCCUGAGUACGAACUGGAAAACACUGGAGUGAUGAAUGAAGGUUAUUGGGAUGUUAAUGUUGAGUACGCCAAGGACUCUCCUAACAACCUUCUCAUGGAAAUAACCACCACUAACCGCGGCUUCAAGACGGAGACAAUACAUGUACUGCCAACACUAUGGUACCGCAAUACAUGGGUGUGGGGCUGCACCCACGAGGGCUGUGGGCUUAAACCUAAGUUGGAAGCUGUAGGCGUGGGCGGCGAGGGCGGCGAGGGCGGCGUCAGCUUGGUACGUGGGCGGCAUGAGUCUCUCGGAGAGUACACGUGGGCGGUUGACCAGAGUUCGACCAAGGCUUCUCUCCUCUUCACCGAGAACGAGACCAAUACACAAAAGCUCUUCGGUGUGGAUAACUACACCCCGUAUGUGAAGGACGCUUUCCACCGCUACGUUGUUAGCGAUGAGAAAACCGCUGUAAACCCAAGGCAGAGAGGCACUAAGGUGUGUGCACACUACGUGAUCACUCUGCUACCCGGAGCCUCCGCCACUGUCAGGUCUCGUCUGUGGCAACAAGACGAACCCCCAGGGCUGCCUCCCGUACCUAGUCCCUUUCAACACGAGGGGCAGGUCUCCAAUCCUCACUCACAGAAGGGGCAGGUCUUCGGUGAAGCCUUCACCACUAUCAUGCAACAGAGAAAGCAGGAAGCCGACAUUUUCUACAAGCGGGUGUUGAAUGCUAGGCUAGGUUGUGAGGAGAAGCUGGUGGCCAGACAGGCGCUGGCUGGGCUCCUCUGGACUAAACAAUUCUACCACUACAUCGUCAAGGAUUGGCUCGGAGGUGACCGAUACCAGCCGCCUCCACCAGCAUCACGACGGACAGGGAGAAACAGUGAGUGGUUCCACCUGUACAACAGAGACGUGAUCUCCAUGCCUGACAAGUGGGAGUACCCCUGGUACGCUUCCUGGGACCUGGCUUUCCACACCGUGACCUUGGCAAUGGUAGACAGCCACUUCGCAAAAGAACAGCUGAUGCUUUUCCUCAGAGAGUGGUACAUGCACCCCAACGGUCAGAUACCAGCGUACGAGUUUGCACUGGGCGACGUAAAUCCGCCGGUACACGCCUGGGCCACCAUGAACGUAUACCGAGGCAGCGCUGAGUGGGGACAUCGUGACAACAAGUUCCUAGCUAGAGCUUUCCAUAAGCUCUCUCUUAAUUUCACGUGGUGGGUAACGGGAAAAAGGGUCCCCAAAGGCAGGAACUUGUUUGGGGGUGGGUUCCUGGGGGCCGACAAAAUUGGUGUGUUCACAGGUCGCGCCCCCUUUCCCGUGGAGGGUCAUUAGAAAAGGUACUGACGGCCAGCUUUGGGUGGCCUUUUCUGUGUGGUGAUGCUGGACAUGGCCCCCAUAGCCGAACAAGACCCUGUCUACGAGGACAUGGCCUCCAAGUAUUUCGAACACUUAAAUCCCUUUUUGGGGAUGGGGAUCAACGCCUCGGGUCAAGGGCGAGGUCUCGGGGAUGAAGAGGACGGGUUCUAUUACGAAAUUAUAAAACCCCGGAGGAAGGGAGGGAAACUUCCCAUGCCUCUUAAGGUACGGUCGGUGGUGGGACUGGUACCUAUGUUCGCUGUGCUGGUACUGGCGAAGGAGGAGCUACGAUCACUCUCAGGGUUCUACAAGAGGACCAAAUGGUUCAUUAAGAACCGCCCUGACCUCGCCUCCAGGGUGACCUUCCUGAGCGAGGAAGGGUCAGACAGGAUGCUGCUGGCGGUACCCACGAAGGAGCAGCUGCUGCGGCUCCUUCGUUACCUUCUGGAUGAGGAAGAAUUCCUCUCCCCUCACGGCAUCAGGUCCCUCUCCAAGGUACACAAGGAUUCACCUUUCGUGCUGGAGGUGGGAGGAGCGAGGCAUGAGGUGUCUUAUGUUUCUGGGGAGUCCAACACGUAUCUCUUCGGGGGUAACUCCAACUGGCGUGGUCCGAUCUGGGUCCCAAUGAAUUUCCUCAUCAUCACUUCCCUUAAGAGGUACCAUUACUUCUACGGAGAGGCGCUGAGAGUGGAGUGUCCGGUGGGGUCGGGACAGAUGCUUACUCUCGAGCAAGUUUCCAUCUUCCUCGCCAGACGCUUGGUCUCUCUCUUUCUGCCAGGUCCUGACGGCGCCAGACCCUGCCAUGAUUGUCUUAAGAUGACCCUAGACUGUCUUAACAUGACCCUAGACUGUCUUAACAUGACCCUAGACUGUCUUAACAUGACCCUAGAUUGUCUUAAGAUAACCCUAGACUAUCUUAACAUGGCCCUAGACUGUCUUAACAUGACCCUAGACUGUCUUAACAUGACCCUAGACUGUCUUAACAUGACCCUAGACUGUCUUAACAUGACCCUAGACUGUCUUAACAUGACCCUAGACUGUCUUAAUAAGUUCCAGUCUGGCACAAGAGAGACGAGAGGUGCUAGUGCAAGAAUACUAGUGCCAGCUGGGGUACUAGUGCCAGCUGGGGUACUAGUGCCAGCUGGGGUACUAGUGCCAGCUGAGGUACUAGUGCCAGCUGGGGUACUAGUGCUAGUUAGAGUACUAUUGCCAGCUGGGGUACUAGUGCCAGCUGGGGUACUAGUGCUAGCUAGAGUACUAGUGCCAACUGGGGUACUAGUGCUAACUAGAGUACUAGUGCCAGCUGGGGUACUAGUGCCAGCUGGGGUACUAGUGCUAGCUAGAGUACUAGUGCCAGCUGGGGUACUAGUGUCAGCUGGGGUACUAGUGCUAGCUAGAGUACUAGUGCCAGCUGGGGUACUAGUGCCAGGUGGGGUACUAGUGCCAGCUGGGGUACAAAUAUCAUAA